UACACCCUCUCUUUAUGAUCUGGAUCUGGAGAUGUGCUCAAGUUUGAACUACUUUCCAGAAAUAGCAACUCGUGAAAUGAAAAUGAUAGACUUGGAAUUGGUUGGAACUGGUAUAAAUCAAUUGCCUCCAUCAGUUGAAAAUCUUACUCAACUUAUACGUAUAACACAGGUUGGAAAUGACACUGUGGGCAAGGGAAUUAGGUCAAUGAAGCUACCAAGUAGCACUUUUUUGUUGCCAAAACUUAAGAACAUAGAUGUUGAAGGAUGCGAAGAGUUGCUUAUGGAAGUGGAGUCAAUGAUAUGUCCAAACAUAGAGAAUCUUCAACUACAAAGAUGUAAUAUAUCCAAUGAGGGCCUUCAUAUUUAUCUUACUUCAUUCCCCAAUCUUAGGUCUUUGGACUUGAGGGGCAGUGAUUUUACAAUUUUGCCCGCAUGCAUAGAACAUUGUCAAAAUUUGGGAAGAAUUAAGCUAGAUGGAUGCAAGCAUCUAAUAGAAGUGGAAAAGGUUCCGCCUGGCAUACGAUAUUUGACGGCAGAAGAUUGUGUAUCAAUGAGUUCAGAGUCCAAAAAUUUAUUAUUGAGUAAGGAGUUACUUGCAUUUGUAGUGCCCAUCAACAUUAAAUUUGGAGGUUUGCAUGCCUACCCUUCUAUAGACCAUUUUUGUGUGCCAUGCGGAAGCAUCCGAGAAUGGUUCGAUCACUGUAACAAAGGAAGGUCCAUUUCUUUCUGGUUUCGUGACCAACACCCCCCAUGUCUCUGUGUUUGUGCUAUUGCUCAACAAACAGAGGAUCAUGGAUGGAUCCCACCAAAAGUGUUCAUAAAUGAUCUAAUGGCGUAUGAAUUUCACCUGGAGCUAUCGACUAGGGGAUAUGAUGUGGCUCAUAUAAUUAUGCUUUAUAUAUGGAAUUUCCAAAUGGAUAUGGGAAUUAAAGAAAAUCAAUGGAAUCAUGUAAUGAUUUGUCCACUUUCAGAGCUUGGAGAUGCUGUAAAAGAGAGCGAAAUUUAUGUACUCAGAGAUGAAUGGACUAAUAUGGAAAAUAUUCGAUUCACUGAUCCUUUCCAAAGUUUGGAUUUUUUGAGGAGUGACCGAGGAUGUGCUCUAGAAGGUGACACUGCUACAAAUAACCCUUUCUUCCCUUCCCAAAGUGAGCAGCAGCAUACGCACUCACAUACUGUUAGGGACAUUGACUGGUUAAGAAUACUAUCUGUAAAGUGUAGGAGAAUUAUAUUUCCCAUCACAUUUCAUAUGGAUAGUGGGAUGGUGGGUUCUCAAUUAGAAUAUGAUUUCUAUAUUACUGAGCAAGAUGUCAUGAAAUUCCUAAGCAUGCAAGAGCUGUGCAUAACCAUUAUCCAACUCUUUGUGAGGUUUUGCUACAAACUUUGCUCCUUUAGAGGAAUUGUUGAUAGAUUUGGAUUUUUGUGUCCAAAUGCUAUUCAAGAUGUAGGGCAUACACGAGAAGAUAAGAUAUCUUACAUAGGAAGUACUAUCAAGGAAGGCAAUAAGCAAUGUUGGCUUACACCAAUUCGUGAAGGGAACCAUUGGACAUUAUGUGCUGUUUGCCCAGGCUCGAAUAUCAUUCAUUGGUUUGAUUCACUCGGAGGCAAACAAAGUGAUGAUAUUGAGAAAGUAUUCACCGAGGCCCUUGUGACGUACCAAAUCAUUGGAGGAAAGAACAUAAAAUGGCUAUACCCAAAUUAUCGUCGUCAACUUGAAGAUAAAGAAGGUGGAUAUUACAUCAUGAGAUAUAUGUAUGAGAUCAUUGAUCUUAACGAAGUUGACUCAUUAGACAUGCAUUUCAAUAAUCCACAAUGUUACUCCCAAGAAGACAUUACCUUCAUUCAUGACAGGUGAUCAGCCUAUUGUUUGAUGUCUAGGUCGGGGUGGAGCGGGCCAAGAGAGCAGAGAAUUUUUAAGAAGCUAUUAUUUGGACGUACUUGAUUAGAAGAAAUUAAUUAGUAAAUAACGCAUACAAGAGUGGGUGACAUUUGCAUUUUAAAACAAGAUUAUGUGUGAGAGUUGGUUUUAAAUGAUAGUUUAUACAUCUCUCGCCA